GCUGUGCGUAAAGUUAACUUCCGACAGGAGCUAGACCUUUUAGUCAUUCAGUUUUCCAUUUUCAAUGUGCAAACCACAUCACAGCCAUCAGCUCUCAAAAAAGUACAUUUUUACUUGUGAAUUUUGUUGCUUUAUUGUUGAAAAAAGUCCCGAUAGAAGUCAGAGAACUUAUGAAACUUAUGAAAAUUCUGAUUCCAGAGGGAACUUGAACGCAGAACGAACGGCUGAUCCAAUCAAAUUGAAUUGCUUUUUCCAGUUUUUAAAUCUUUUCCAUUUCCAAAAGGUCUUCAGUAGCGAAACAUGACAGGCAGCGGAGCAGAUGAUAUCAGAGAGUUAUUGCUUUCGGCCACAACAAUGAGAGCCAUUUACAAGACGGCCACAGGCGGGGAUCUCAGCGAUGAAGUGGCUCAAGCUAUUGCCCAGGACAUGAGCAGAGAUGUUUUUGGAAUGCUGGAGACUAUCGAGGCAUAUGCAUAUCACAACCGCAGCGAUCAGAUAACGGAGGAAGACGUUCGCAAUGCACUCAAAGAUGACGCCGACUAUGCCAAUGAUAUGGGUUUUCAGCUCGAUCAGGCUUAUCCUUUUCCUGGAAUGGGCGGGCAGGGGCAAGCUCCUGCCACGGCGGAGACAGCUGCCAGCAUUACUGGCUGGCAAGGAGAGGAGGCAGAGAAAAUACAGCCACCCAAUAAAUUUCCGCUCACCAAGGAGCAGCAGGACUUCUACAAGAAAGUCAUGGCAGCCUGCUUUGAAUCGCACGAGGAUGUGCGCGCCAAGGCGAUCAAGUCAAUGGAAGUAGAUCCAAGUCUAGAGGCUAUACUGCCCCAGUUGAUCACGAGCAUGAUGAACAGCAUCAAGCGCGGUUUCUGUGAUAACGAUAUAGCUGUGUGCUUCACUGUGAUUCAUAUGGCAACAGCUCUGGCCAAGAAUAAAAGCAUCUCCUUUGACCAAAGUUUCUAUUUCAUUCUACCCGGCAUACUCUCGUGCAUUCUCAUUCAGCACGAAUUCGAAAGGGUUGACGUUGAGGGCGAUGAGGUACACUGGCAGCUGCGGGAAAUAGCAAGUGAAUUGAUGGGCGAUAUUGUGCGAGUCGACAAGAACUACAAUCUGCUCGAUCGAAUUAUUAGAAUUUUAAGUAUGGGCCUCUGCAAUCACGAACAUUUAUUAACGAUUUAUGGUGCCGUCAUUGGCUUUGGCCAAUUGGGAAGUUGUGUCGUAGAAACCUAUUUGCUGCCUGAACUAUCCAAGUUAUCGGAACUGCUGUACGCUGGAGACAAGCACCCCCGCUUUGAGCAGGGAGCCAUAAAGAAGAUCUGGUCUCGAUUGAUUAGGAUUUGUGCUCCGAUCGUGAAAUCAGUGACCGAUCCUCCCGAUCGCUUGGACAACUAUCUUGAACGCUAUGGCCGCAUCGGAGAAGAAUUGUACGGAGUAGUUAUUGGAAUUCGUGUCACGGAGCACGAAGCAGCCCUAGAACUAACAACCAACUUAGUAUUAGAAGUAAAGAAAAAAGCUCAGUUCCCGGUUUCAUUGCAGUCCGCAGGCGAAGUAAUGGAAACGUCCGACUGACUUCAGACGAUGUAAUACUCUCACUCGCAACUUAAAUUUACUAAAUAAUAUUGUUAUUAUUGCAAUUUAUUUAUAGCCAGCGCGCAGAGAGCAACAAAUAUUAAUAUUUGCCACUAAUAAAGGAAAUAAACAGAUUGUGGUGUGUGCAUGGGAGGCAGCUUUAGCACCUGACAGG